AUGUCCUCCUCUUCCUCCGCCCUGCCCCAAUAUAAGCAAGAUUUUAUGAAAACAGCUAUCGACGGCGAGAUUCUGAAAUUCGGAAGCUUUACUUUGAAAUCCGGCCGCACUUCCCCCUACUUUUUCAACUGCGGUCUCUUUUAUACCGCAGACCUCCUCCGCGCCAUCUCCACGGCAUUCGCGAAGACGAUCCUCGCGUCGCCGUCUCUCGAAUUUGAUAUCAUAUUCGGACCGGCAUACAAAGGCAUCCCGUUAGCAACUUCAACGUGCGACAAGCUAGCGGAGCUGGCGCCGGAGAGAUACGGAAAGCUUUGCUACUCGUUCGAUCGGAAAGAGCCCAAGGAUCAUGGCGAAGGGGGCAAUAUUGUGGGCGCGCCGCUGAAAGGCAAGAAGGUGCUAAUCGUAGAUGAUGUCGUUACGGCUGGGACUGCGAAAAGAGAAGCGAUUGCAAAGAUUGAAAAAGAAGGCGGCAUUGUAGCUGGGAUUCUUGUCGCGCUGGAUCGUAUGGAGACGUUGCCAACGACGGAGGGGGAAGAGGGCAAAGGCGGCCCGAGUGCGAUUGGAGAGAUUAGAAGGGAGUACGGUGUUCCUGUUCUGGCGAUCUUGACGCUGGAGGACAUCAUUGGGGGGCUGAGAGGAAGUGGCAGGGAAGAGGAGGUCAAGGGCAUGGAGGCUUAUAGGGCGAAGUAUAAGGCGAGUGAUUAG